AUGCCCUGGACCAGACCCCAAGUGGACCUUCAUGCCGGUGGAGCAGAGGCCAUGGACCAGUACAACAUAGAGGACCACCACUAUGAGGGCUCCCUGUUCCCCACCUCCACCCUCAUCCCCGUCACCAUCAUCUGCAUCCUCAUCUUCAUCAUUGGAGUGACAGGGAACACCAUGACCAUCCUCAUCAUCCAGCACUUCAAGGACAUGAAGACCACCACCAACCUCUACCUGUCCAGCAUGGCGGUGUCUGACCUCAUCAUUUUCCUGUGCCUGCCUUUCGAUCUCUACCGUCUGUGGAAGUACGUGCCCUGGCUGUUUGGAGAGGCCGUGUGUCGUUUAUACCUCUACAUCUUUGAGGGCUGCACCUCAGCCACCAUCCUCCACAUCACGGCACUGAGCAUUGAGCGCUACCUGGCCAUCAGCUUCCCCCUCAGGAGCAAGGUGCUGGUGACCCGGCGUAGAGUCCAGUACAUCAUCCUGGCCCUGUGGGGCUUCGCUCUGGUCUCAGCAGCUCCCACUCUCUUCCUGGUUGGGGUGGAGUACGACAAUGAAACCCACCCAGACUACAACACUGGGCAGUGCAAACACACCAGCUACGCCAUCAUCUCUGGGCAGCUGCACAUCAUGCUCUGGGUGUCCACCACCUACUUCUUCUGCCCCAUGCUCUGCCUCAUCUUCCUCUACGGCUCCAUCGGGUGCAAACUGUGGAAAAGCAAGAAUGACCUGCAGGGCCCGUGUGCUUUGGCCCGGGAAAGGUCCCACAGGCAGACAGUCAAGAUCCUGGUAGUGGUGGUUCUGGUCUUCAUCAUCUGCUGGCUGCCCUACCACAUUGGCAGGAACCUCUUCGCCCAGGUGGACAACUACCGCCAGGCCAUGCUGAGUCAGAAAUUCAACAUGGCCUCCAUGGUGCUCUGCUACCUCAGCGCCUCCAUCAACCCCGUCGUCUACAACCUCAUGUCCUGCAAGUACAGGGCUGCAGCCAAACGCCUCUUCCUGCUUCACCAGAGAUCCAGACAAGCCCACCAGGGCCAGAGAGAGCUCAGCCACGUCUCCACCUUGAAUGAAAGCCUGACUGGGGUCUGA